GAUCUUUGUUACAAAAUAAGUCGUCUUCUCUCUUGUCUUCUAAUUGUUUGAAUGGCUUGGGCUAUUUGGUAACAAUUUUCAAGCAGCGACAUUUAUCAUUGAGACAGUCGACUUUUCGACUGCACCGGCAAUAUCGAGCGCUUGACAAGAAGUUUCGUCACGUGGACGAAAUAGGGAAGGAUCUGUUUCGGAGGUCAAAACAAGUUGGACAUCGAGUGUUAGAUUUGAAGGAUAAUAUUGUCGCAGCUCACGAUUAACGAAACGAACGGUAGAACCUUACGGUACUUUAGCUUUUAGCGCCCUCACUCUUCACGCUUACUUCGACCAUUGUAACACUGCCUCUCCACGGAAUACCGUCAAGAGGACUUGUAAAAUUUAAUUGUAAAGUCACCUCGUCACUAGACAGGAGGACAAUAUCUGAGUAAAUACCGGCCAUCAACACUAUGGCAGCCGUGCUUCACAUGCCUACCGUAGUCCACCGCCCUUCCAUGGACCGUACACCGUCUUUCGACCAAAGUCGAUCCCGAUCAGGUACACCUUUUAGCGAUCCUGCACCACACAAUCGUUCCGGUUCUGGUGAUUCUGAAGCCUCUCCCUACAACCAAUCGUAUCCUGGUUGCUUUCCUCAACAACAGUUUUAUUCGGUUCAGCCACAAUCUUGGACUACCGCCGCCAUUCCCGCUUCUGCAUUCCACACCCCUCCAUUCCACGGCUAUUCCGGCCAACCUGGUUUCCAACAGUUUCAACAGUCCCAAGCAGACUUUGCGGCGUGGGCAAAUGCUUAUCAGCAUAUGAUGAUGGCAUCUGUAACAGGAGCUCAUCAAACAGUACCCACCCCUCCUGCUUCUGCAGAGUAUGAGAGACGCGGCAGUAUGAGUGAAGGUUAUUUUGACCCAUCGUACGCUGCUUCACAAGGGCAGAAUAAGCCGCACGGCAAAGGACAACAACAACAACCAUUCCACCAUUACAAACGAGGACCGUCUCGUGUUGCAUCCCGUGAACAGGUGCGCUCGGCUUCUAUGCCUAGCAAAGCAGAUCCGCAACCAUCUUCCCUCCCUAGAUCACCGUCAGCGCCCGAUGCGACGGAUCAACGGACAUUUCCUGUUUCUACUCCUAGCACUCUCAACCCACCCACGGUUCCUACAUCAGAGCUUGACCCUUCAGUAGCUUCUUUUGUUCCGCCUGCACGUUUGAACACCGAAAUGCGGAGGAACUCCCACUCGAGUGAUAGAUCUGAUCGUGAAAACAGCCCGUCCUCUCGCUCAUCCUCUGCUGCUUCUUCCAAGCCUCCUACCGUCCGUGCAGCGACUCCCUUAUAUCCUGGUCCUAUCACGAACGCCACCAACGCCCGUCCAUCUCCAUUAUCUAACUCUACAACGCCUGAAACUGUAGAAAAAGGCAGCAAGUCUGGCCUUAAGAGCAAGAUAUUCAAUAAAUCGGAAAAGAAUCUGAAGGAGCAAAAGAAAUUUGUUUCCCCUGUCAAACGCUCACUCCCUCCUCAGACUUUUUCAUCACCUUCUGAAACAUCUACUAGAUCUGCUACUCCUCCUGUAACACCCCCUCACGAUUUGCCUGCGCCUUCUGCGCCUUUUGCGAAUGUUGCUGCUGCGGGAAGCGAAGUCAGCUUGGCCGGCACGGAACGAACAGAACGAACAGCAACGAUCGGGGAUGAGACGAAGAGCAAGGGAAAGAGAAGUCUGUUUAGGAUGAAGAAUAUGUCGACAGAUAACAUUUCUUUGAGCUCGACGGUUUCUUCUGCCAGUAUGAUGAUCAGGAAAAUGGGGAGUAUUGGAAAGUUGGCGAAAAGGAAUAGUUUGAUGGGUAUUUCCAGAAUUUUCAAAGAAAAGCCCAAGGAUGAGGAUGCCGGAUUACCCCAGAAAGAAGUCAAGAAGAUUAAAAAAGAAAAAAAGAAAAAGAGUAAAAGCAAGGGCGAAGCUGCACCCGCUGCUAUCAGCCACGCUACUGCUGAGCCUGAACGUCUCAUUAAUGACGAAGAGGACCGUGCCCUUGCUGGUCUAACUCCUGCUGCCAAGCUUGCCCGACAGUAUACCCUCCGCUCUCGCGCCGAAGCCGCUCAAAGGCAAAACGACAAUGUCGCAGCCAAGUCUACACCCAACCAGGAUGUUGUGGGGGACAUAGAAAGCGUCACUGCUGCUGUACCUCACGAAGGUCCCAAUCUAGGGCCUGAAGUCGUUCACGUUCAGCCUAGACAGACACCUACCCUCGUACAUGCCGUCGCGGUGACCGAGCACGAGUAUGAUAGCGAGGAUGAUUCCUCUGAUGAAGGCGAUACAAUGGAAGAUCUCACGAUGACGAUGGGAAGGACAAGGUUAUCCGACGAAGCUGAUGCAGAGUUCAAGGCUACUUGGGGUAAUGCGUACAUUGAUAAGAAUGCGGUGCCGAAGAAAGGGAUCUUGAAGCAGUCGUCGUCGUAUUCUUCGCAGGAUGAAGAAACGAACAAUCGACCGAGAUCCAACUCUACCCACGAAGCCAUUUCUGCCAAGCCAGGACCUUUGGCUCGCCUUCCUCCUUCCGAUCCUGCACGCCUUGAUGGCCUUGAGCAGCUCUUACAUCCCAGUGACGAUUCCAAAAACCCAUCCCUUCCAACUUCCAGUCCUGAACAGGUCUCUCCUGCUCCGGAAAGGAUGUACCAGCUCCCCGUCCAAAACACCUCUGCUCCGACGUUAUCUUUCAUGACACCUUCCACCCACCAUGCACCUCCAAGAAGCAUGACUGCUCCUGGAAGAAAGAGGUUAUUGUGGGCGCCGGAAUGCGCAGUGUAUACUACAUAUGACUGCUUGACCUAUGAUAGGAGGAGCGAACCGGCUACAUGUAACCGAUUGACACCCGAGCUGGCUAUGGCCAUCAAGCAAGAGUUGAACGCGUUCAAGCUUGAGAUGCCUAUCCAUCCCGAGUCACGUAUUUAUACUCACUACUUUGCUUAAUUCUUCAGAUCGAUCCUAAAUCAAAUGUACAUAAUGAUACCAACCGAUACUAAUACACUUAUGACUGCCCAAUCGCCCAACAACAAUUUCCACAUAUUCAUCAUCGCAUCUGCUGUUCACCAUUUUUUUCUCCAUUUUUCGUUGUUUCGUGGCCUUUUCCUUUCGUAUUUUCCAGUUAUUGCUAUUCCUAAUUCCCAGGACUUUUUUGUCGCCCAUAUGGUCUGACAGGGAUCAUCUUUUGGUACCUAGUAUCUCCUGUUCUCUUUUACUCUUUCUUUCUGUCUCUAGGAUCCGUAUCGUUGUGCAUGUUACUCUGUGUGGCUGGCCAUAAACAUCUAUAUGUACAAAAUUACUUUC